AUGGAAGCUGGGAAGAGCACUGUCGAUCUCAACCUCUGUUAUACUCUUCAGCAGCCACCUCCGUUUGUCAUCCCAAAUGCUGCGUUUUUUGGUGCAAUGGGUGCCGGUGUUGUUCUCCCUGAAGGAAUUUUGCUCGAUGAUUCCCGAUUCUUCGGGGAUUUUGUUGCAGAUACGAAGGUGGUCGUCAAGAGCGAGGACGAUGGUUACUGUGAAAAGAGCAAGCCUGCGAGAAAUAACUCAUCUGGUUCCUAUAAUGGCACUGCGUCUGCUGCCACAGCAAACGUGAUCGUUAAAGGCCAAUGGACAGCUGAGGAAGACAGAAUGUUAGUUCGAUUGGUGAAGCAACAUGGCGUGAGGAAAUGGUCUCAUAUUGCUAAGAACUUGGUCGGAAGGAUCGGAAAGCAGUGCCGAGAAAGAUGGCACAAUCAUCUACGACCAGACAUCAAGAAGGAUACAUGGACAGAGGAGGAGGAGAGGCAACUGGUGCAAGCCCACAUGAGGUACGGCAACCGGUGGGCCGAGAUCGCGAAGCACAUCCCGGGCCGAUCAGAAAACUCCAUCAAGAACCACUGGAACGCCACCAGACGCCGGCUGAACGCCAGGCGAAGGAGAAAAGCAUCAUCAAAAAGCACCGUCAAGGACGGCACCGGCGCCGCCGCAGCCGGCGGCAGCGCUCCUCCUCCCUCCAGCGUCCUGCAAGACUACAUCCGUACCAAAUACUCGAAUCACUCACAAUUACUGCUGCAUGAUUCAUCCACAAGCAUCAAGGAUCAGGAGGCAUCCGUAUUCCCUAAUGUUUUCCAACACGAUCCAUUGAUAUUUGACGACGAGUUGAUCCAAUGCAUGCUGAUGCCUGAUCUUCCCGCUUCACCUGGAGCAGCGGCGGCGGCGGCGGCAUUUUACCCAAUUAUGGAAGACACCGAUCUUCCUCUAAAUGGAGCUGCAGCGACUGACAUGAACUAUAUCGAUAUGGAUGGCUCCAAGAGUAGAGAUUUGGAUCUGGUAGAGAUGCUGACGCUGCAAUUCUCUUCUUCUCAGAGUAGCAGCAGCACUGCGUUACUGAGCGCCACAAAUCAUAAUUGCUUUGAGGGAUGGUGCCGUGGGUCGAGUAGCACUGUUUAA